AUGACAGAACAAAUACCAUUUCAACGUACAUCCACCAUAAAACAUCGUAUUAGUAGAACUGGUUCAAUUGGACAAGAUCAUAAUAAUAAUAAUACAACUGGUAAUAUGAUGAUAACUAGUGGAAUAAAUAAUAGUGGAAUACAACAUCAACAAUCUAGUAUAAGAAGACCAUCAAUUAUGCAAAAAUAUAUGGGUGAAAUUGAAUUUACUGGAUUAAAUCAAACAGCUAGAUUUUGUAAAUUAAAUAGUGAUACACCAGAUUCUGUAUUACGUGAUAUUCUUAAACGUAAAUGGGGUUUAAAACCACCUACAUUAAUUAUAACUGUAUUCGGGACAGAUUUUGAAAAGAAACGUAAAUUAAAAAUGAUCUUUAAAAAAGGUUUAUGGAAAGCAGCUGAAAGUGGUUGUUGGAUUGUAACAGGUGGUUUUCAUUUAGGAGUAAUGAAGUUAACUGGUGAAGCUGUACGUGAUUAUACAGAUGCAUAUGGUGGAAAUCGAAUGAUGGCAUUUGGUGUAGCAAGUUGGGAUUGUGUAACAAAAAAUGAAAUACUUGAAGCAGCUUUACAUGAGGGUACAGCAGUGUAUCAAUCUGAAGAAGAUGAAGAAGAAGAAGCUGAAGAUAGUGAACCAAUUUUAAUUGAUCCAUUAUCACAAAGCGGUUUAAAAUCUGUUCGUAGUGAUAUUGAAGAACGUGCCUUAGAUCCUAAUCAUAAUUUUUUUGUUUUAGUCGAUGAUGGAACAACUGAUCAAUUAAAAGGUAAAGAAGCUGAAUUACGUGCAAGAUUUGAAAGAUGUAUAUCAUUAUGGAAUUGUGCAAGUAGUCCACAAGAACAAACAACAACUGCUACAAGUCCUCAAAGUGGACCUAUAAGUUCUACAACACAUUUACAACAACAACAACAACAGCAACAACCUCAAAAUGGUAUUUCUACACCAUCUAACAUCAAUAAUAAUGUAAAUUCAGUAGGAUUACAAAGACAAGGUAGUACUAUGGGUGGACAAGUUAGUACAACAUCUGGUCCACAAACAAGUGCAACAUCAAUUGGUAAAAAUUCUGGUAUAACCGGUGGUUCUACUAGUAAUUCUGCUUUAAGUAAAGGUGCAAGUGAACCGAUAGUUAGUAAUCAACCUAAUUCAACUGUAUCUGUUACACGUGGAGCAAAAGAUAAACUUACUACUGAAUCAAGUCUUAAACCAGCAAAAAGUGGAAAAUCAGUUGGUAGUGAAGAAGAAAUUUUAGUUCCAAUGUGUGGAUUAGUUGUAGGUGGUGAUCGAUUUACAUUACGUCAAGUUUAUUGUUCAAUGAUAAGAAAUCGUUGUCCAAUUGUUGUUACAAAGGGUACAUCUGGUGCAGCGGAUGUAUUAGCAUUUGGAUUAGAUGCUGCAAAUAAAAUGGCAUCUGAAGAAGUUGUUGAUGAUAAAGAUCAAGUACCAUUGGAGGCUAGGCUUGAAUCAAUCAUUGAAGAAUUUCUUGGUGAUUUACAUCCAGAUUAUACGAAUUAUACAGAUGAAGUGAAUAUGUUAUGUGAAAUAAUCAAUGACUAUACAAACUUAGUAUCAGUAUUUGAUAUGGAAGAAGAUUCUGAUUUGGAUGGAUAUGUAAUCUCUUCAUUACUUGCCAGUGCUGGUACCACGGUUACAACAGAUCAAAUUAAUUUAGAACAAUUAGAAAUUACUUUAACAUUAAAUCGUGCUGAUAUUGCACGUGAAAAAAUAUUUUUAGAAAAUAAAAAAUGGAAAAAAGGUCAAUUAAAUGAUUAUAUGUAUCAAGCAUUAAUGAGUGAUCGACAUGAUUUUGUUAAAUUAUUCUUAGAACAAGGUUUUAGUUUAGAAGAUUUUCUAACUAUCUAUAUGUUAGAAAAAUUAUAUACAGAUCAAUUAAAAAAUUUGAAUUCCAAAGUAGCAAUAUUCAAUAAAAUGUGGGAAUAUAAUCGAUCACAUCGAAAACUAGGCAGAACUGUAUCCAAAGAACACAAGACAUCGAAAGUGGCAUUACGUGAUGUUGGCAAAGUGAUUAAAGCAUUAGUUGGUGAUUUUUAUCAUCCACUUUAUUUAAGUAAAGAAUUUCAAGCGAAAUUAAUGCCGGAAAAAAGGCUAGAAGGCGCUGGAACACGAGCAAUAAUUCGACGAGGAGCUACAAGUGUUGAACCAGCUGAAAAGAAUCAUGAUGAUGGUGAUGAUAAUGAUGAUGAUUACAAUGAUGAUGGUGAUGAUAGGGAAUAUAAUGGUGAUGAAUUAUAUGGAAAUAAUAUUGAUGGAUAUACAAUUAAUUCUAGAUUACCACGUAGUUCAACUACAAUGACAACAGUUAGUGGUGAACCAUUGAUUGCAUCAACUAUUUUACGUUCUAAUGAAAAAGGGAAUACAAUGGGUACAUCAACAAUAACACUUAUUGGAGGGAGUAGAUUACGAGAAGGAAAUAUUCCACAUCAAUAUCAUUCUAUAGAUCAAAUGAAUUCAUCACGUUCCCAUUCACGUAAUCCAAUGAUAACUAUAUAUGAUAAACAACAAAUCAAUGAUAUCACUGAGGAUAUAAAUAAUCAAUCUAAAAAAAGUAAAUAUUUAUCAGCGACUAGAAAUAAUGAUGGUAAUCGUAAUGGGCAUAGUAGUCGAAAUAAACAUGGUCGACGUUCAUCAUCUCAAACCAAUGAACAUGAUAUGUUGAUACCAGGUCAACCACUUAUAUAUAAUGCAACAGUGACUAAUGUUAGUCGGUCAGGCCAUGGUUCACGUGGUCCAUAUACAAGUCUUGGUCCAGGUCAUUUCCGUAUAGCUGGAAAAGCACCAUUGGCUUAUGAUACCACUUCUAUGGGAACAACAACUCCGAUUCAAUCACCGAAACCAGCUAUAAAUGAUACAUUACAAUUUUCAUUCGACAAUGAACAUGUACAACGUAAUUCUGUACUGAUUUCUCCAAUACAAAAUGAAAAAUCAAUUAAACCGGUACUUUUUGAAGAUGAAGCAAAUAAUAAACCAUCUAGAUCAUGUUUCAUGUCAUGUAUACAAAAAAUUUCAUCAUUCUGUAGUCGAUUAUUCAGAUGUAAUACUGAUUCAAAGAAAUCAAACAAAAGUUUAAAUGUUAGUCAAGAACCGUCUGGUAUUAAAGGGCCUAAAGAAUUUGCCACUCUUCGUGCAAUGGCUGCAUUAGCUGCAGCGACAGCAGCAACAGCUGUAGCAGAUCCAACGAAAACUUCUCCAGGAGAUUUAUUAAUUCCAUCAAAUUUCUUUGAACCAGAUGAAGAACAAACAAAAUCAAUUCAAUUGGAUCGUCCAGCUAGAGAACUAUUAAUUUGGUCUAUAUUAGUUGGUAAACUACGUAUGGCUGAAUUAUUUUGGACGAUGGAAAAAGAACCUAUCGCAGCUGCUCUAUUAGCUUCAAUUCUAUUGACAUCUUUAGGGAAUAAAACAGAUGAUUUUACUGAUAAAGAAGACUAUAGAAGCUUUGCAAAAAACUUUCAAGAACGUGCUGAAGGUGUCUUGAAUGAAUGUUAUCGUGAAGAUGAACAUAGAACACAAUUAAUUAUUAAUCAUGAAUUAAUUUAUUAUGGUCGUAGUUCAGUAAUUAAAUUAGCUGCUGAAGGUCAAAGUAUAAAAUUUAUGGCACAUCCAUGUUGUCAAGAUUUUCUUACAAAUACAUGGAGCGGUAAUUUAUCAACUAAGAAUAGUGUAUUUAGGUAUAUUAUGGGGGUUGUUUGUGGAUUGACAUUACCAUUUUUAAUACCAAAAGUUAUAUUAUCCAAGCCUAAAACAAUUCCAACUACAGAAGGAGAAGAAUCAAGUCCUACUUCGGAACAACAAGGAUCUACACAAAA